AUGCUCCUAACUAGCACCAAGACAUGGAUGUCAUUGUUUCUUGCUUUAAGUGCAGUCCCUACUGUGCUCUGCGCCCCUUCUCAAGGCUCUCUCAAUCUCGAACCAGUCCAAGAGAUCACUUCUCCUCUUGCUCUCUUUCCGAGAGCCAUCUCUCACGCUAUGACUGAGCGCGACGUUGUCCCUACUCAUUUGGACAAGCGCGCUGUUAUCACCUCCCCGAAUACGCGACGAGUUAUCAACCUUUCAUUGAAGGAAGCAAUCCAUGGUAUUGCUGCUGGUACAACGUGGACGUGGAGGAUUGCCUACCAAUUUGUUGGCAAUAUUAAUGGUCAAAGCGGCCGCCUGACUGGGGCCAAUGAAGGAUCAAGUGCAGGUUCUGCGGCUUUUCCGGAUUUCCAGAUCGAACACAUCUUCAGCAAUGCGGUUGACGGCGUCGUAACUGCGAUCUUCGACGUAGUCAAUUCAGCCAACCAGAAAUUCGAGCUGAAGCUUGUCUGGGAUGAAACAUUCAAAACAGCAUCAGCGACUGUUGAACAAGUAAUACACUCCUACUGUACUUACUUUACCCCUGGUGGUGCCCAGGAACAUCUUAGUCAGGAUCAAUUCUCAUUUACUUUAGUAUAA